CUUUUGUAUUCAUUUAUGUUUUUCUUCUUACAGGAUUACAAAGCCAUUGACAUUUGCUGACUGUGUUGGUGAUGAGCUUCCUUUAGGAUGGGAAACUGUUUACGAUCAGCAGAUUGGAGUGUAUUAUAUGGACCACAUAAAUCAGCUUACACAAAUUGAAGACCCAAGGGAGCAAUGGAGAAGGGAGCAGGAACGCAUGCUAAAGGAAUAUUUAAUAGUUGCCCAGGAGGCACUUAAUGCCAAGAAAGAGAUUUACCAAGUAAAGCAGCAGCGUUUCGAACUAGCCCAAGAAGAAUAUCAACAAUUGCACAAAAUGUGUGAGGAUGACAACCGUUCUUACGCGAGCUCAUUCUCUGGAUUUUCAACUAAUACCAAGUAUGACCCAUAUCAGAUUAAAGCAGAAAUAGCCAGCCGUCGUGACAGGCUUUCUAGGCUAAAACGAGAAUUGGCACAGAUGAAGCAAGAGCUGCAAUAUAAGGAAAAAGGAGUGGAAACUCUGCAAGAGAUUGAUCGUAAGAUGUCAAGUGCUCAUACAAAUUACAGACUGGAUGAAGCGCAGGCUAUAAUGAGUGAGCUACGAACCAUAAAGAAAGCCAUAUGCACAGGUGAAAAAGAGAGGCAGGACCUUAUGCAGAGCCUGGCCAAGCUAACCGAUGGAUUCAGGAAUAGCUGUUGCAUCACAGAUUCCCUGCAGGAUCUCCAGCACAAUUCUAGUUCACUCAGUGAUUCCUGUUUACCUCAACAACACUGUGAUGCUUGUUCUCAGACUGACAUCACUGGGGAGUUUGGGUUCGAUGAUAAAACAAGACUUGUAGACAAAGUAAGACUCAACUGGCAGUAUGAAGAAGCCAAGAAAAGAGUUUCAAAUAUACAACAGCAGCUGGCCUUGCUAGACAAUGAAUCUUGGCCAGGAAUGGCUGAAGCGGACAGGGACCGUCUUCAGCUCAUCAAGGAGAAGGAGGCUCUUCUUCAGGAGCUGCAGCUCAUCAGUCAGCAGAGGCGAUCCCCAGAAGACAUUGCACGUUUGGAGGAAGAAAAAAGACGUUUGGAGGAUGAAAUUCAGCGGGCUCGAGCAACCUCUGCUCAUGGGGCCACUGAAAGGAUACUGUUACAGGAAAAGAGAAAUUGUUUGCUUAUGCAACUGGAGGAAGCUACACGUUUAACCUCGUAUUUACACUCCCAAUUGAAAAGUCUGUCGGCUAGCACCCUCACAAUGUCAUCUGGCAGCAGCAGGGGUUCCCUGGCCUCCAGCCGAGGUUCCCUGGCCUCCAGCAGAGGCUCCCUCAGCUCAGUCAGCUUUACGGACAUCUACGGCCUUCCUCAGUAUGACAAGUCAGACAGCGUUACAGACUACGGGCAGCAUUUGCGCUUUGACAUCAUUCCCUUUGAGUCUCUGACAAAGGACGUGCCGUACACCGAUCCCAUUGGACAUUCAAAUUUCAAUAAGCAACGGAGGUCUCUGGACACCCCUCAGUCCCUGGCAUCCCUGUCAUCACGGUCCUCCUUGUCAUCACUGUCCCCUCCAAGCUCACCUCUGGACACCCCAUUUCUCUCUGCAUCUCGAGAUUCUCCCUUGGCUCAGAUGUCUGAAGGCUUUGAGGAGAUUGCAGGCAUGGGAGCUCUGGAAAUGCUCAGAGCUCAGACCACAGCAUUGGGUGACGAUGAUGCACAAGGAACAAGUUCAUCUCAGAUGCCCUCUUACCCUGUCGACAGUGAAGGGGUGCGAGAAAUGGGCCCACAGCUGACUGCUGUCCAACCUAGUGGAGCUGUAACUCUGCGAGGAGACAGCGGUCGAAGAUCGGAGAGGAGAGCCAGGCGAGUUUCAGCAUGUCUCUCAGAUCAUUCACUGGCUAGUGACAGUGGCGUGUUUGAAGCUUUAAGCAAAAGGAAUGAAGAUAUGGAAGAGCCUGUUUAUGGUGAUAUUGCCAGUAAUGAAGAACCACAAAUACACGUUGGAUUUCUGCAUGACAGUGGAAGUGAAUGUCUCUUAGUCCAUGUACUACAGCUGAAGAAUUUUACUAGUCUAGUUGUUAAGGAAAACUGCAAAAUUCAUGUGAGAGUUUAUUUGCCACCACUUGAGUCAGGCACACCAACCACUUACUGCUCCAGAGCCUUGGAAUUCCAAACUCCACUAAUAUUUAAUGAAGUUUUCCGCAUCCCUGUGCAUUCAAGUGUUUUGAAACUGAAAUCGCUUCAGCUGUACAUCUGCUCAGUUGACCAUCAGCAACAAGAAGAAUUAUUGGUAAGUGGUCUAUUUCUAGUUUUUACCUUUCAGGAUGCAGUAACAGCCCUGUUAGCUAGGACGACUGCCCAACUGGAAGCAGUUGAGAGAGAGCUGGCAGAAGAGAGAGUGAAACUGGAGUACACUGAGGAGGAAAUACUGGAGAUGGAGAGAAAGGAAGACCAGGCAGAAGCCAUAUCAGAAAGGAGUUGGCAAGCAGAAUCUGUUGACAGUGGAUGCAGUAAUUGCACCCAGACUAGCCCUCCUUAUCCGGAGCCAUUUUGCGGGGAUUCAUUAGCUGGACACAUGUUUGCAACUCAAGCUGGCCAGUACAGUUCUGGAAAACUCCAGCCUCCACCAGUAAAGGUGGAUAAGGAAACUAAUACUGAGGAUCUGUUUCCUGAAGAAGUUGCUAUCCUUCCAAAAGAGAGAACUAGCCGCAGGCCACGGGGUUCUGCUUUUGUUCGCAGCAGCACAAUUGUUCGUUCCCAGACCUUCUCACCUGGAGCACGAAGUCAAUACGUUUGCAGACUGUAUCGCAGUGACAGUGACAGCUCGACUCUGCCAAGGAAAUCACCAUUUGUCCGGAAUACACUGGAGAGGCGUACUCUUCGGUAUAAGCAGUCCUGCAGAUCAUCUUUGGCUGAGCUUAUGGCAAGAACAUCAUUAGACCUGGAGCUGGAUCUCCAGGCAUCCAGAACUAGACAGAGACAGCUGAACGAGGAGAUAUGUGUCUUAAGGGAGUUGAGACAGCGUCUGGAAGAUGCCCAGCUCAGGGGGCAGACAGAUCUGCCCCACUGGGUCCUUCGGGAUGAGCGAUUCCGGAAUUUGUUGAAGGAAGCAGAGAGGCAGACACGGCAGACCAAAUUUGAACAUCACCAGGAGCAAGCAGCUGAAAAGAUGCUAAAGAAAGCAUCAAAAGAAAUAUAUCAGUUGCGUGGGAAAAACCAGAAGGAGCCUAUUCAGGUGCAGACUUUUAGAGAGAAGAUAGCAUUUUUUACAAGACCAAGGAUUAACAUACCUCCUCUGCCGGCUGAUGAUGUAUGACAUGUUGCAUUGUAAACAUGAAGUAUUUAUCGCUUUUAUUUUAAUGAAGUUAUUAGAUUAGCCAAGUUUCUUUAAAAAAAAAAAAAAGAAAAAAAAAGCAAACA